GAUCCCUCAAUUGUUGCUACAUGAACUGUUAGGCAUUGAAAUCUGAGCGAAUUGCUUUCUUUUGAGGUCGGAGGUUGCUCCUGAAAAAGCAGCUCGCAGCGUUGUUAGGGCGACUUUAGGCUCCAUGGCUCUCUUGCAGCAGCGACCUUGCAGUUCUCGCCUUUCAGCGCGGUUGCCAAGCACUAGGCAGCGUUGCACCGUUGUCCAGUGCCGGGCAUCGCAACCAGGGCCCCGUCUGAGCCCUAUUCAACGGCGGGCGAAGUCGCCUGAAGAGCUAAAUGACCCAGCUCAAAUUGGAGCCACUGGGUCCGCCUCCCAGCGCUUUCCGGUCGUGCCCGGCUCCGAGCCGCUGCAGUCCUACAUGACGCUGCCGGUGGAGCAGUACUUCGUGCUGGAUCCAAAACAGAUCGCGCACCUGGGCGGCAACCGCUUCGUGCUCACCGUGCCGCGGAUAAAUCUGAUGAGUGUGUGGCUGGAGGCGGUGGCGGAGGUGACCGUCACCACCUACCCGCCCGACGCUGCCAGCGGCCGCCCCGCGCGCGUUGUGCUGCAGGCUGACAACUGCCGCAUCAGUGGGAGUGACCUGGUGGAGAACCUGGCGCUGGACCAGCGCUUCGCAAUGAGGUUCGUGACGGAGCUGACGUGGAGCACCAGCGGCGGCGGCGAGGGCGCGGGGGCGGCGGCGGUGGCGCCCACCGGCGAGAUACGGGCCACCUCCAAGCUUGACGUGUGGAGCGAGGUGGUCCCUCCCUUCCACCUGCUGCCCCGCGAGGUGCUGGUGGGCAGCUGCAACGGCGUGCUGCACGGUCUGGUGGGCAGCCUGCUGCCGCUGUUCGUGCGCAUGCUGGCGGCAGACUACCAGAGGUGGGCUGUGGACCCGGCCUACCGCGCGGACCGGGCCGCCCGCAGCCAGCCCAUCACCGUGUGAGGAGGGCCAGGGCAGCAGUGCGGCAGGCGCAGCAGCGCGGCGCCAGGGGCGGCGCCGCCGCGCUAGGGCCGUGCUGGGCACCACAGACACGCACUGCAGACAGGCGGACGGUUAUAUGGUGCAUGCGUGUGUGCCGAGACCCCUAGAAGCUCCUGCAGUGGCGGGAGCCACUUUCCAGGAGGUACCAGGCGGGCGCCAGGCGGCAGCAGGUGGUGGGGGAGCCAGAUGCGCUGCUGCCGGCGCUGCAGCAGAAACCUAGAAGCAGCUGCAUGCGGCAUGAGGGAUGCUGAAUGAGGUCGGAGCUGGUCUAAACUGACUGAAUGAAGGUACCUUUUAGGCCAACCAGCAGGAGCUGUCGGGCCUUUCGUUUCAAACUCCCUUAUACACACGGUAGGGAGAAGAUCAAUGUCUGCCUCUGUGUAUGUGCGUACGUGUGUGUGUUACUGUGUAUGCGUUUGCGAUUGUGUGUAGAUAUAUUAUCUAGAAUCCAUUUUGUCCUUCAGUCCAGCGCAUUGCGAAGCGAUGCCGUGGCACGGCGUGGCGGUGGCGGGCUGUGGACCCGAGGCGGAAACGGACUAGGCCGCGACUCAGUGCGUGAUGCGGGUGCGGUGGUGGCGGGUAAUGGAGACCGGCAUUGGCAGGCAAAAGGAUGCUUUGUCGAGGCCCUGGGGCAGCCAUGCAUGUAGGUAGCAGGAAGGACGCCAACCCGGAUGGGUACUGGGUACUGGUGGGCAGGCAGGCACAACCAGCGCUGCAGGCGGUGGCGUGUCGCUAUGGAUGGGCCUGGGGCGGCCCGGCAGGGACGGAGGAUUCGGAGGGCACGCAACAGCCAAAUGGCUUAAUACUCCUCGGUUCUUUAUUUCGUUGGAUGGCUUGCGGUGUUCAACGUUACAUGUCAGGCGCCGUAUGUCGGCGCAACGCGCUCAUGGGAUUACUGGAUGAGUGAUGCUGGUUGGGGCAGGUGGGCUGUGCAUUCUUUGUGCCGUCUGCACCGGCAUGCGAGUGCAGAGUUCAAAUGCAGUUCGAAGGCUGUACGUGUAUGGUAGACAUAUCUGUGUUGUUGGAGUGGCUGUUUUUGCGUCGGGGCGAUACAUGGAAAGUGUCAAGACCCUUCAAGACCGGCGUGGUGUUCUGGGCGGUGGGACUGCCCAAUCUAGACGUUUCAUUUGUGUACUAGGACUGAGACACUAGUUAUUAAAUAAGUUAUACACAAUGGAGUCGCUCUCUCUCCGACGCUCUUGUUUACCUCCACACAA